ACAUCUCACACUCCUCACAUAACCAAGAAUUCAGCAAAUACAGAAGCUUGUAACGAUGAAAGGGUUUCCUAAUUACCUCGUAGCUUUGGCACUCAUGGCUUUGGCAUGCUCCCAGCUUGCCUCUGCCUUUGACCCUGCUCCUCUGCAAGACUUUUGUGUUGCAGUUAACACUUCCACCGAGGCUGUAUUUGUGAAUGGAAAGUUCUGCAAGGAUCCAAAACUUGUCAAUGCCAAUGAUUUCUUCUUUCAAGGACUAAACAUUCCUAGGAGCACUGCAAAUCAGCUCGGGUCGAAUGUCACUCUUUUGAAUGUGGACAAAAUAUUUGGCCUCAAUACACUAGGUAUAUCCUUAGCUCGUAUAGACUUUGCACCAUACGGCCUAAAUCCACCUCAUACUCAUCCUCGUGCCACAGAGAUUUUAGUAGUUUUAGAAGGUACUCUGUUAGUUGGCUUUGUCACAUCCAACCCGGAUAACCGUCUCAUCACCAAAACUCUAAACGCAGGAGACGUAUUCGUCUUCCCAAUUGGUCUCAUUCACUUCCAGUUUAAUGUAGGAAAGACCAAUGCUGUUGCUUUUGCCGGUCUCGGAAGCCAGAAUCCUGGGCUCAUUGUCAUAGCAAAGAAUGUUUUUGGAUCCAAUCCUCCUAUCAAUCCGGAUGUUCUCACCAAGGCCUUCCAAUUGGACAAGAAUGUGGUUGAGUCUCUUCAGAAAAAAUUCAGUACUUAGAGAAUUAUAUAUAUAUGUAAUAGCGAUAAUGAUCCGUUUGAUGAUUUGAAUAAGUUUGACAUGUUUUCCUUGUUGUAACAUCGUAAUAAUAUAUAAUUAUAAUGAAAUAAAAUGGUUGCUUAUGCACACUCA